ACCUGCUGGCUUCGAGUUUACUCGCCGAGCCCUUCGAUCGGGAUCUUCCGUAGGCCGAGCGUGGAAUUUCGAUUUUUGGUGAACUUGUGUGCGACCACGAGUAGCGACCGGUUCGUCGCUCGCAGCCCUCCGGCCAACUUCCGGUUACCUAUUCUGUUUCGAAUCCAAGAGUACAACUGGUCACAUGGCGAUCACAUCCGAGAGCUCAGUGACGAUUUUUAUACGCACCUGGACCUUUAUGAUCAUCUUCUGCUUUGCGAGCAACGCAGCUGGUUCUUGCCUGAGCUAUGGCCAUUCGUGCUGGGGAGGUCAUGGUAAACGCAGCGGCGGACAUAACAACGCUUACUUAGUUUCGACGAAAACGAUGAACGACAUACAGCAGGACGUGCCAUCGCUCGCGAAGGAACAAUGGAUACUCUCGCGUUUAAUUGCCCGACCUUUGAUGUCCACAAAAUAUCGAGGAAGAUGGGACCGACCGUUCAAAAUAAAAUCGCAUUUUCCGCAGCACUGGGAAAACGGGGAACUGAACUCGCACGUGUACAGUGAUACGCCGAUUAGAGAUCAAAAUAAUAACGAAGAUCAAGACGAUGGGAAAAAGAGGAAUAUUGGCGGCAUCGAGGACAUAGUGGAAGGCAUUAACGACGAACAAAAGGAAAUUCCGGAGAUUCUCUUAAUAUCGAACAAUGCAGAACACGAACAGGAUAGGAAACCGCAGAACGUAGAACUGAUUAAAUUUCUGAGUGAUAAUUUGGAAUGAGAUGAUUCUAACGCAACUGUGAAACAACACUAUGUAAAAUAGAAAUUGUCAUAAAUGUAUCGUGAUUCGAUUAAGGAGAUUAUUGUUUAAGCUGUUUGAUUAGUGGUUCUUUUUUCUCGAAUAAAAUUGAGUGAAUGUCUCAUCAA